AUGUCUUCUCGUAGUGACCCCGAAGCUCCUGCCCGAAACGAUGAGCAAACGCCGUUGCUCAGAGACCAGCAUAUCGAAACCGAACAAGUCGGUAAUAACGAGUCCGAGAUAGUGCCGGCGCCUACGCCUGAGAAAAGAACAAGGAGCUGGUAUGCUUGGAGGAUAUUCUGGACUAUUCUAGUGAUAGUAGUCUUGGCUGUUUUUAUCAAAGGAUGGAUUGAUUCGGAUGAGACAGAGUUUGACCUCAAGAAAGCUCUCAAGCGGGCACUGGGCGGGGGACUCAGUGGUGCUGCAGCCAUGGUAUUGCAGGUUUUACUACUAAUGCCUCUACGAACAAUCAUGAACUAUCAGUACCGUCACGGGACAUCUUUUACCAUUGCCACCAAGACUCUCUAUACUGAAGGAGGCAUUCGGCGAUAUUACCAAGGCAUUGCACCUGCGCUGUUUCAAGGACCCAUCUCAAGAUUCGGAGAUACAGCAGCCAACGCGGGAAUCCUUGCCCUUCUACAAUCAAACCCAUAUCUCAAGGACCUCCCCUCGCCUAUCAAGACCAUAUUCGCGUCUCUUUGUGCCGCAGCGUUCCGUAUGAUUCUCACUCCCAUCGACACUCUCAAGACGACCCUUCAAGCCCAAGGAGCAAGAGGCACAGCCCUUUUGCGACGGCGCAUCAAGACCAACGGAAUCGGUAGUCUGUGGUGGGGAGCCUUUGCUACCGCCGCUGCCACUUUUGUCGGCCACUACCCAUGGUUCGCUACAUACAACUACUUAUCCGAGGUCAUAACUGAGCCGUCUAGACACCCGCUUGUGUGGUGGCUGCUCCGACUCGCAUUUAUUGGCUUUUGCGCUUCGAUUGUGUCAGACUCUAUCUCUAAUUCACUGAGAGUUGUUAAGACGUACCGCCAAGUCAACGACACCAAGAUCUCAUACUCCGAAGCCGCGCGUGCCGUUGUCGUCCAAGAUGGUGUCUUUGGACUUCUAGGUCGUGGGCUGAAAACCCGCAUCUUGGCCAAUGGCCUUCAAGGAAUCCUCUUCUCUAUCCUUUGGAAACUAUUCCUUGACUUAUGGGAAAAGAGAACCUAG